AUGUACAUAAUCGGACUUGACCGUCGAUUCUUCGCUGUUAUACAAACGCUUUGUUCAGAUCAACUCAUCCACCUCGUGCUCACCAUGCGGCAGCCCUAUCUGUUCAAAGCUAUCUGCUUCUUGCCAACACUGAUAUUGGCUCAGUGUCCAGAGUAUGUCGAAUACGCGAAGGAAAUCCAUGAGCCUUUGAGCGCGGGCAAGUACCAGCUUGCUUACCAGCGUCCAUCCGAAGGUUGCCGAACGUUCAAGAGCCAGGGGUUGGAAGAUACCGUCACACGUCUGCAGACUGUGAUCAAAGACCCGGAUCUAUACCGUCUCUUCCAAAAUGCCUAUCCGAAUACCCUCGACACUGCGAUUCGAUGGAAGGGGGUUGCGGCAGACAAUGCUGAAGAAGAGCUCACGUUCAUCAUCACGGGCGACAUCAAUGCGAUGUGGCUGCGUGAUUCUUCGAACCAAAUGCAGAGCUAUUUGCCGCUCCUGGAUGCCAGCAGCGACCCGAAUUCGAUUGCCAGUCUCUAUAGAGGCGUUAUCAAUCUUCAAGCUCGCUACCUCUUGACUUCGCCGUACUGCAAUUCCUUCCAGCCGCCUGUGGAGAGUGGGAUCGAUGUAGCUUUAAACGAUGCCGCAAGUGAAGACACGGUCUUUCCUACCUACUCGAACCAGUCCGUUUUCGAAUGCAAGUACGAGUUGGACUCGCUGGGAGCUUUCCUGCAGAUUUCAACAGAUUACUACAAGGCAACGGGCGACUAUGAGUUUUUCGGCAAAUUCCAAUGGAUCUCGGCUGUGGAGGCGGUUCUAAAAGUAGCGCACGAUAUGAAAUUGCCUACAUACGGACCGGAGGGCGAAGUCUUGGAAAGCCCAUAUACAUUCACUCGCCAGACGACUCGUGCGACUGAGACGUUCGCGAACGACGGAAUCGGCAACCCAGUCGCUAAUGGCACUGGUCUGAUCAGAAGCGGCUUCCGACCCAGCGAUGACUCUACGAUCUUCCAGCUGUUCGUUCCAGCAAACAUGAUGUUCAGUGCUUCCCUGGCCUCUGCUUCGGAGAUUAUGGGCAAGCUGGACACGGGCAACUCUGCAUCACUCGCACAGCAAAUGUCUGCUCUGUCGGACUCGAUUCGCAAUGCCAUCGAGACCUAUGGUACGGUCAACCACCCAACCCACGGCAAGGUUUACGCCUUUGAAGUUGAUGGUUUCGGUUCCAACGCCAUCAUGGACGAUGCGAACAUCCCCUCUCUGCUCUCUGCGCCCUUCCUCGGCUAUCGUAUCGACGCAGAGACGUACGCAAACACACGAAACCUCAUCUUGAGCGCCACCAACCCGUACUAUAUGCGCGGGCCCGUCAUCAACGCCAUCGGUGGCCCGCAUCAAGGUCCCGGCAUGGCAUGGCCGAUGGCGUCCAUUGUGCGUAUCUUGACGAGCGACAACGACGAUGAGAUUACGAAUGAAUUGAGGCAGAUUGUAAGUAGCACAGACAGGCUGGGCUUGAUACACGAGAGCAUCAACAGCUUCAACCAGAGUGACUGGACAAGGCAGUGGUUCUCGUGGGCCAAUGGAUUGUUUGGACAGAUGAUACUUGAUUUGGAGGACAGGAAGCCAGAAAUCCUGGAAACGAGCUUCCAGUAA